AUGUCAUCUCAAUCUCGUCAUGUUUAUACACGUGAAGAACGAACAAUACUUGAAGCAAGUUUUGCUCGUCAAACACAUCCUGAUAUAAAUGAAAAAGAACGUCUUGCUAAAAUUUUAAAUUGUAAUAUUAUUCAAAUUUCAAAUUGGUUUCAAAAUCAUCGACGUCGAAUUAAAAAACAGAAGAAAUCUGUAACAUCAAAUACGUCAACAAUUACAAAUACAAUCUCGGUGAAUUCUCCUAUAUAUCAAACAUCUUGUAUUUAUCAUCAACCAAAUUGUCCAUUGAAUAUCAAUAAUGAUAAUUCAUCAUAUUAUUAUUACUAUCCAUCAACAUCUCAAUAUGUCUAUACUAAUGAGCCAAUUUAUACACAAACGACGUUUUGUGAUUCGUUUGCUACUUUUGAACAAUAA